UCUUUUGUAACAUUAUAAAUGUCUUCAGGAUCACUUUUAAUUGAAUGCAUCCUUGCUGAAUAAAUAAAAUAAAAAAAUUGAUUUCUUAAAAAAAAAAAAAAAAAUCUUACCAACCCCAAACUUCUAUAUCACACUGUGUUGUUUUAUACACCAUUUGUGUCAUAAAACCCAUGCACUGAAAAACCUUAUUGGAAGAUCGUUGAUCUAAUAUCUCUACACAUUCAUCACUGUAUAACAAAUCAGGAGAAAAUUGUUUUGCUGUUUUUGCACGUGGGCUCUUAAGGUUUUCUCAGUACAAGUACAGACCCCCAUUUAACCGAGACACAUUAAAACAAAGACUUCUGGUUCUCAGUGAGAGCUUGAGUACAAGAAUACUUAAACAUGUUCCCUUGGGUUGUGAAGUUCAUGGAUUAGUACUGAAUGAGAUUGUGUUUGAACUGAGUGUACAAAGGGCCCAUUUUUAUUGAGUGUCAUGAAUGUCGCAUUUCACUUCAUGCUGAUUUAUAUGUGAACUCCUCAUGUAAACUGUUGUUGGUCUUGUCUUAGUUGCUCUGUUGUUUUGUUACUUUACCAAAGCCCCCUGUGAGAGUAUAAUUUACAUCACAAUGUAUAAUAUAAAGUAUUUACUACAAUAAAAGAGUUUAUUUCUGUACUCAGUUUAAAUUUAAUACUAUAAUGUAAGCAGAUAAAUGCUCUGCUUUUUCUUUUGCUAUCAAUAAACAAGCAGAAUUAUUGUUUGGACUUUUUAUAUUUUAUUUAUUUUUUGCUAGGUAAACCCACCCCCCAGUUACUGGUUAAAGUUUUGAGAACAGUCCAACAUUUUUUUGGUCAUGUUUAUAUGCUCCAGAGCUGCACUUUCGUGAAAGGACCAUAGAAAGGACACGAGUCAUGGGAUAUUUGCUUAACAGCGCUCUCUGUUGGCCACUUGAAGAACAAUCGCCACAGGAUUCGACAAACGGCGUAGCGUACUGCGUCAUACGCACUGCAUACAGUAGCCCUAGCAAUUUGAGGUAAAAACAUGUUUUGUGCACACUGACACUUCCUCGUUUUAAGCAAACUAUGAGUUUUUUUUUUUUUUAAUGCAUUAUCUAAGUCGAGUCUUACUAUUCUUAUUCGCACUGAACGGAAAUCCAGUUUUGACACCGCCCACGUGUGAAAGUGAAACCAAAACUGAUCCUGUGACAAAAUGCAACGAGAACUACUAAUGGUUUCAAGGGGUUUGGAGGAUUCUUCAGUUGGUCAGGCGAAGAGGCCAUCUUGCCCAUUAGCACCGACCAAAAGACUAGUGUGACCAGGCUAUGAAACCAUUCUAAUCUGGUUUAUCUGAUUCUUCUUUGACUUUUCAGUUUUAAGAUGAUCUUAAAGUCGUACCCCAUACCCAGAGCUGCAGCAGAACAUUUCUGUGUGUUGUGCUGUGAUCUUGUCAUCUGGGCUUGUGUGUGGAUAGCACUGCUGUGGCUGGAUGGAGAGGGCAGUCUGGAUCUAUGGUGCCUGUGGGCUCUCAGGAUCAUCAGCUGCGUUGUGCUUUAUUCAGUAAUCACACUUGUCUCUGACAGCAGCAUUCAACCUCUCCUGAAGCGAUGGGUAGUCCUACUGAGCUUCCUACCUCCAGUGUUUGACAGCAUUCAGACAUUGCUGCCAGGGACCAUGAGAGGCUUUAGUCCUGUUCCUGAUCCUGGCAUGGUGAUCCUGAGCACUGCUACAUCUACUCUCAUGUAUAUGGUGUGGGAGUUUGCCUUCCCACACGGUGGAUCAUCUAAGGGUUCCAGAAACCAGAAAAAAGAUGAAGAGGCUAAAGCACUCCUAAUGAGGGUCAUCCGCUACUCCAGUCCAGACUAUCUUCAUCUAGGGGCUGCCUUCCUCUUCCUCAGCUUGGCUGCGCUUUUUGAGACAUUCAUCCCAUACUGUAUUGGGAAAGUUAUUGACAUACUGAGUGGAAAGUACCAGCACAACACUUUCUUAUGGGCUAUUGGACUCAUGGCACUGUGUUCACUUGGAAGUUCGAUGUUCUCUGGUCUGCGCGGUGGGAUGUUCAUGUGUAGCCUCAGCAGACUCAACAAGAGAAUACGACACAUGUUGUUCCAGAACCUCAUGAAGCAGGAGAUAAGCUUCUUUGAAGAAAAUAAACCAGGUAGUCUAACAUCACGUUUGAUCUCUGACACGGAUAAAAUGGGACGUUCUGUGGCCAUGAAUGUGAAUGUGUUACUGCGAAGUCUGGUGAAGACAUGUGGCAUGCUGUUCUUCAUGCUGCGCCUGUCCUGGCAGCUAACCCUCCUCACCUGCAUUGAAAUGCCACUUCUUGCUUUCAUUCAGAAUUCAUACAACAACAUCUCUCAGAAAACAUCAAAAGAGCUUCAGGACUGUAAUGCAGAGACUACAGAGUUGGCGUCUUCAGUCAUUGGGUCGAUGAAGACUGUGCGCAGUUUUAGGACAGAGCGACAGGAACAGCAGCGAUAUGAACAGACUCUCAACAGGAAGCUUCAGGUUUUGAGGCGUAAAGGCAUCUACAGUGCAGUUCAUCUCCUAAUACGCAGGUUCAUUACAGUGGGCUUGAUAGCAAUGCUGUUCCAAGGCCGAAAUCUCAUCUCGUCUGGCCAGCUUAGCAGUGGCAGCCUUCUUGCGUUUGUGUUUUACCAGAAGGACAUGGUGACCAACAUGAGGCAUCUUCUAUAUAUCUAUGGAGACAUGCUGAAUACUGUGGGAUCAGCAGUGAAGGUGUUCCAGCUGCUCGAUAGGAAGCCACUGUUGAGAGAGGCAGGCGAUCUGGCUCCAGAGAAGAUUAAGGGAAGACUAACCUUUAAAAAGGUCACCUUUUCCUACCACGCCCGUCCUGAUCAAAAAGCACUUAAGUCUGUUACACUGGAAUUAAGUCCAGGAAAGCUGACGGCACUGGUAGGGCCCUCUGGUGGUGGGAAGACCUCUUGCGGCUUGCUGCAGAGGUUCUAUGAGCCACAGGAGGGUGAGAUUUUCCUGGAUGGAGAACCUCUGUACCGUUACCAACACCAGCAUUUGCAUAAAAAGGUGGCGAUGGUAUCCCAGGAUCCUGUGCUUUUCUCUGGCUCUGUGAGAUAUAAUAUUGAAUACGGUUUGCAGGACUGCACACUUGAAAAAGUAGAAGCAGCUGCUCGUAAAGCCAACGCACACAACUUCAUAUGCCAAUUGGAACAGGGAUACAACACAGAUGUUGGUGAGUGCGGUGACCAGCUGUCCGCAGGGCAGAAGCAGUGCAUUGCUAUAGCCAGAGCUUUGAUAAGGAACCCACAGGUUCUUAUCUUGGAUGAAGCCACCAGCCACAUGGACUGUAGCACACAAAAGCAGUUCAAGAUGUGCUCAAUACCAUAACGGAUCAGACAGUGCUGGUAAUAGCUCAUCGUUUGGAGACUGUAGAGAAAGCAGACCACAUUAUCUUCAUGGAGGGAGGUGAAGUCGUGGAGCAGGGAACACACCAGCAGCUCAUGGCCAAAGAAGGAAGAUACUAUCGACUCAAAGAAAAGCUUUUCAACCUGGAGACACAACCAACUGACUAAAGAAUCAGAUUUGUGGAUAGAUUUUACAUUUUACAGUCUUUAGUACACACUCACAGACUGCCUUUCGUGUAGAUUUAACAACUAAUUCUAGCGUAGACCUGUGUGGAGAUUUUUUUUGUACAUUUCCCAUACUUCUGUUUACAUAGACAGUGUUUAGUCAAUUACAGGAUAAGUGACGUUGUAUGGGACACAAGAAGGAAAGCAUGGGCUUUGUAUCCUAAAAGUAUAACAGUAUGAAAUAACAAAACACUGUAUUACAAAAUAUAGGUAAUACAGAAUUUUGUGCAUGUGUCUAUUUAAAUCAGAGAAUGACCAGUGGGUUUGCCCUCAGCUGCAGAAAAAUGUGAAACAAGAUCUCAGAGCUCUUAUCCGUCUUCAUUGUGCCACCAAGAGCUGCUUGAUUUUGAACGUCCUGGAGAUCUUUAUAAAGAGACUGACAAAAGAAAAGAAAAAAAAGUUGAAUUAACAAUUAAAAACUGUUGUUGAAUUAAGCAAAA